AUGAGCAAAAGGAAGCAGGAGACCGGCAAAGAUGUCGUCAAGGACGACGUAGACAUGGAAAAUGACAGUGGCGACGACGAGGAUUUCGAUGUCCUCGAUGUCGACUUCGAGUGGUUCGACCCUCAGCCGGAGUAUGAUUUCCACGGAAUCAAGACCUUGCUCCAGCAGCUAUUUGAUGUGGACGCUCAAUCGUUUGAUUUGUCUGCACUAACCGACCUGAUAUUGUCGCAACCUACAUUGGGAUCAACCGUCAAAGUGGAUGGCAAUGAGACCGACGCAUACGCUUUUCUCUCCGUUUUGAAUCUCCAAGAACACAAGGACAAGCCGUUCAUGGGCAAGAUCGUGCAAUAUUUACUAUCCAAAGCAAAGUCAAAACCCGCCCUUGCUCCCCUCGCGGAGCUUCUUUCCCAGGCCACGAUUCCCCAAAUCGGCCUGAUCCUUACAGAGCGUCUGAUCAAUGUCCCGGCCGAAGUCGUCCCUCCCAUGUACACAAUGCUGUUGGAAGAGAUGGAAUGGGCUGUCCAGGAUGGCGAACCAUACAACUUCAGUCACUAUCUCAUCCUCUCCAAGACAUACACAGAAGUUGCUUCGAAGCUCGACGCUGAGAAUGACCCUCCGAAAAAGAAAAAGAAAGCAACCUCUGGUUCAUUCGAGACAUUGUACUUUCACCCGGAGGACGAGAUCCUGCAUCGACAUGCCAUCUGUCACAGCGGCUUUGAUUAUUCCACCAAACAGGAUGAGGGACAUUCAGACUCGAAACGAGCAUUUCAAGAGCUGGGGAUCAAACCGCAAGGUCAUGCCAUACUCAUUGCUGGGGAGAAGUUCAAGGACGCAGUCCAGAAUGUGGCCGAAUACCUGAAGCCUCAGCCCUGA